AUGAACUCGACAGAUUUGAGUAAUCCUUACCAAGAGCUUGGCGUUUCCGAAAACUCCAGCCGCGAAGAAAUUAAACGAGCUUAUCAAAGACUUGUACUAAAGGUUUGGAAACUAAUCGUGUGUGUUAAUUAUUGGCAAGGUUUGUUUUGACAAGCAAGGUCUGAUCAGCUGAUCUUCUUACGCCUGUCCUUCAAGGUACACCCAGAUAAACUGGAUGAAUCAUUAAGUCAAGAAGAUCGUGACAAAGCCUACAAGAGGUUUCUGGCCAUUGACAAGGCUUGGAAAAUCCUUAAUAACCAAGAAACAAGAGCAGAUUGUGACAGGCAACUCAAAGGUGUGAUGAAUAAGGAUAAAAUAAAACAAGGAAGAAUGAACGGCAAUAAUCAAACAUGAAAAAAGCUAAAUAAUAAUAAUAAUAAUAUUGUAUAUAUAUGGAUAGAUAUUGACUAGGAAAUUAGGUUAAUUUAUGACAUGGCCUUUAGGCUAUGCUUAGCACCCUACUGUGCCAUUAGGAUUCAAAGCAUUAAGAUGUGUAACAUAGCUGAUAUAAUAAUAAUAGUAAUUUGAAGCUUAAACAGAAAAAAAAAUUGUGUGUUCUCAUGAGAAAAUAUAACCUUAGGUGGCUGAGCUCUCUUAUACUAUGACACCCUCUUCCCCUUCACCUCCCCCAAUUAAGGGGGCCCAGGGAAGAGUAGUUCACACCUGUCUUAUAAAACUCCUUGGUGGACUGCCCUAAUCUGCCAAUAUUCUGGCAGUCCUUAGGAUAAUUACAAACCAAAAAAAUGACUAGCUCCCAAUUGGCUUGUUAGCUCAGUUGGUAUGACACUGCACUGGUAUUGCAGAGGUCAUGAAUUCAAUUUCUGUACGGGCCUGAAUUUUUCAAUCUUUGUUUUCACUACUGAUUAAGAAGUGUUCAUUACUGGGAAGAAAACUCUCAUAUUCAGUUCCUAGAUUAUUUCAUUAACAGAAGAAAGGACAUUUUUUUUCAAAGUAUAUUUUGAGCAUUAGAUUUGGAUUAUACUUAUUUGACCAUUAUAUUAAUUUUAUAGAACAGGGUUUGUCACAAGAUUGGCCAGUAAGUGAUGAAGUAGAUUUGGAUGACAUGGAAUAUCAUGAAGGUAAUAUUUAAAGAAACAACUUGAAAAAAACUUGGACAUUCACUUAGAUAUAAAAGAGCUAUGUUAGUGAUUACCAGUAGGAAGUUUACUACUCUGGAUGAUCUUCAGUGUUUCAUCAUGAAGCAAUGUUUAAGGGCUGUAGAAUUUUAAGGAGAGAGGGGGUGGGGGAAAGGCAGACAGAAUAAAUGGAUCAAAAUACUGUUACAGGAGUGUUUCUUUGUAAGUGUCUUCAGUACCCUAUUCUGUAUAUUUUACAUCUCAUUGGACUGAUUAUUUAUUUAUAGACAAAGCCUAGCCGUUGAUUAACAAAACUGCAUCCUGGACAAUCCUCAGCUUAGCUGAACCUUUUAUUUGAAAAUUUAUUUUUAUGAACGGCAUUGAGAGGGCUGAAAGCUGACAAUGGAGGGACAUCUAUUUAAUAAAAUUAACCUUCUUAAAGCCCAAGAUCCACUGGUUGCGUAAAACCUUGGUUUGGGUUGAACCUUGUGUAAAUAACCCAUUGGGUGUAGUCAUUUGAUGCAUAAUUUAAUAUUCUAAAAAUGCCACUGAUUGUAGUUGCAACACAGUGCAUGCAGUGCACCUGCCAAGUGAAAAUUCUUUUACUUUGUUUCAGAUACAGAGAGUUAUUCAAGUGUGUGUCGCUGCAGUGGAGAGUAUGUGAUAAGUGAGAGUGAUUUGGAAAAUGGACACAACAUUGUAUGUUGUUCAAACUGCACCUUGAGCAUCAGAGUGCUAUACAAUGCGCUUUCAGAUGAUGCCAGUAAUGGCCGGUAACUGAGCAGGGAGAAAAUUUAUAGAGAUAAUUUCUUUGUGGGCAAGAAAAAUAGAAGCCAAAAACUAACUUUCCUGUGAGCUAAGGAAUAGACAUGAAUCACUGAAAUGUGAAUGUCACUUUCAGGAGGGUCUUGUGCACAUAUAACCCCUGUGUUGCAAUCCUGAAAUGCAAAAUGUAUGCUUGUACCUUAGCUCCCAGCAGAGUACAGACAUGGUACAGUUAUCUUUUGGAGCCAACUCAAUUCAAAGAACAAACUAAUCUUUUUUACAAAGUACAAUCCAUAGCACUGAGUUGUUACAUAUGUAUGGUGGUAUUCUAAGCAAAUAGAAAAUCAAAUGAAUAAAGGGAGC